AUGGAUAUUCACAGCAGCAGAGAUUGGUCACUAGGUCAGGCAUCACCAUGCGUGAAUGCAUUUGCAGCAGGGCAAGCUGCAGCAUACAAGAUGUUCGAGACAAUCAGGCGAAAACCAAAGAUCGAUGCCUAUGAUACAAGUGGGAUUAUAUUGGAAGAUAUCAAAGGUGAUAUCGAAUUAAGGGAUGUUUACUUUAGCUACCCCACAAGGCCUGAUUUUCAGGUAUUUUCUGGGUUCUCGCUGCAUGUUCAGAGUGGCAUAACUAUGGCUCUAGUUGGAGAGAGCGGAAGCGGGAAAUCAACCGUGAUCAGUCUGGUGGAGAGAUUUUAUGAUCCUCAAGCAGGUGAAGUGCUCAUAGACGGCAUCAACUUAAAGACACUGAAGCUUGGAUGGAUCAGGGAGAAAAUCGGGCUUGUUAGUCAAGAACCCGUUUUAUUCACGACAACCAUAAAGGAGAAUAUACUGUAUGGAAAGGCUGAUGCAACACUUGAAGAAAUCAAGACAGCAAUUGAGCUUGCUAAUGCUACAAAGUUCAUAAAGAAGAUGCCACAUGGGCUAGACACUAUGGUUGGUGAGCAUGGAAAUCAACUGUCUGGCGGGCAGAAACAGAGGAUUGCGAUUACCAGGGCGAUUUUGAAGAACCCCAAGAUCUUGCUUCUCGAUGAAGCGACGAGUGCGUUAGAUGCCGGGUCUGAGCACAUUGUUCAAGAAGCACUAGUGAGGAUCAUGUUGAACAGGACGACUGUGGUCAUUGCACAUCGGUUGAGCACGGUGAGGAAUGCCGAUGUGAUAGCAGUGGUUCAUCAAGGAAACAUUGUGGAGCAAGGUUCUCACUUGGAGUUGAUCAAAGAUCCAGAUGGGGCUUACUCUCAACUCAUACAUCUGCAAGAGGGCAAAGAUUCUCCAGGUGGGGGAAGCAGUAGAAACUCCCCAUGGAUAAACAAAUAUUCUCCACAUGGAAUAUGCAAUAGAAACUCCCCAUGGAUAAACAAAUGUUCUCCAGAUGGAAUAAGCAGUAGAAACUCUCCAAUUUCCUUUAGUUCCCCUCGCAUGAGAAGCUUCCAGGAGGGUAGCCAAGGAAGAGAAGAAGGACAAGAAGGCAAUGAAAAGUAUGAGGAAACCUAUCGUGAAGUUUCGAUCAAACAGCUAGCUUCCAUGAAUAAGCCAGAACUACCAGUCCUGCUCUUGGGAUCCAUUGCUGCAGUUAUACAUGGAGUGAUAUUACCCGUGUAUGGGUUAUUGCUUUCAAGUAUCAUCAAAAUCUUCUAUGAGCCCCCUCACAAGCUUCAGGAAGACUCGAGGUUUUGGGCCCUGAUGUUCGUCGGUCUGGGAAUCAUUACUCUAGUUGUGUUUCCACUACAGCAAUAUCUGUUUGGAGUUGCAGGCGGUAAGCUCAUAUGGCGCAUCCGGUCCUUGUCAUUUGAGAGGGUGGUCCACCAAGAAAUUAGCUGGUUUGAUGAGCCUAUGAAUUCAAGUGCAGCAAUUGGCGCAAAGCUAUUGACCGAUGCUUCAUGCGUGCGAAUAGUAGGGGACGCAUUGUCACUAAUUGUUCAGAACAUGUCCACAAUCACAGCAGGGGUGGUAAUAGCCAUGGUAGCUAACUGGCAAUUGGCGCUUAUAGUUCUAGCUCUGCUUCCUUUGAUGGGUCUGCAAGGAUAUGCUCAGAUGAAAUUUUUGCGAGGGUUUAGUGCAGAUGCGAAGGUGAUGUAUGAAAAAGCCAGUCAGGUGGCGAACGAUGCAGUCAGUAGCAUUCGGACUGUUGCGUCUUUCUGUGUAGAACAAAAGGUGAUGGAUCUUUACAAGAAAAAGUGUGAGGCGCCAACAAUAAACGGAAUCCGUCGAGGAAUCGCAAGUGGUGUUGGUUUUGGCUUCUCCAACCUUGUGAUGUUCUGCACCUACUCCCUCAGUUUCUAUGCUGGAGCUUGUUUUGUAGAAGAUGGGAAAGCCACAUUUCCUGAUUUCCUUAAAGCUUUCCUUGCAUUGACAAUGGCAGUUAUUGGAGUUUCACAGACCAGUGCUCUGGCUCCAGAUGUCACCAAAGCUAAGGAAUCAGCUGCUUCUAUCUUUGAAAUUAUUGACAGGAAAUCCAUGAUUGACUCAAGCAAUGAAAAGGGUACAACAUUACCCAAUGUGAAAGGUGACAUUAAGUUCAAACAUGUCAGUUUCAAGUACCCAACUCGACCAGACGUGCAGAUCUUCAAAGACUUGUGUUUGAGCAUUCCCUCUGGAAAGAGGGUUGCUAUCGUGGGAGAGAGUGGUAGUGGGAAAUCGACAAUAAUCGCCCUAUUAGAGAGGUUCUACGAUCCUGAUUCUGGCCAGAUAUUGUUGGAUGGUGUGGAAAUCCAAAAGUUUAAGUUAGAAUGGUUGAGGCAACAGAUUGGGUUGGUCAGCCAAGAACCCGUUCUGUUCAACGACACAAUCCGUGCCAACAUAGCUUAUGGAAAGCAAGGGGAAGUAUCUGAAGAUGAGAUUAUUGCAGCCGCAGAAGCAGCAAAUGCACAACACUUCAUAUCAGGGCUUCCACAGGGAUAUGGGACUUGCGUGGGCGAGAGAGGAGUGCAGUUAUCAGGUGGGCAGAAGCAGCGAAUAGCCAUUGCAAGGGCAAUACUAAAAGACCCAAAAAUCCUUUUACUCGAUGAGGCAACAAGCGCAUUGGAUGCAGAAUCGGAGCAUGUAGUUCAGGAAGCAUUAGACAAGGUAAUGGUGAAUAGGUCGACCAUAGUCGUUGCUCAUCGUCUGUCCACAAUCAAGGGAGCUGAUGAGAUUGCAGUGGUUAAGAAUGGGAUGAUUACAGAGAGGGGAAGUCAUGAAACACUGAUGAAAAUAACCAGUGGAGUCUAUGCAUCUCUAGUAACACUUGGCAUGAGCUCUUCAACAUAACAAAGGGAAGAAAAUGGGGAAGAUGGAUUCAAUCUACUUGUAUUACUACUUCUUGGCAACCAAAAUGCAUGAGGAUGGGACUGGUUCUAGGAGAAGCUUUUCAGUGAAUACAUGCACUAGUUCAUAUGGUGCAGGUAACUGAGAAUUGUUGGUAAUAGCAACGCAUCAUGCUAGGCCAUACAAAAAAUUUCAUAGAAUAUUUUUUGUUUAAGCUGAGAAAGUCAUUUUGAUUUUCAGAAGAAGCCUACAUUUAGAGAAGAAUGCCUUCGAUGGACU